GCGCAGGCCAGUCCAAUUCCAGCCCUGCCCUUGGAGCUGCUAUCCGCGCAUGCCCUCGCCCCGCCCUUUUUAGUAACGAGCCGGCCGGCAAGGCCUGCGCAGUCGCGGCGGCCGGGGAAGAUGGUGGAGGACGGCGCGGAGGAGCUGGAGGACCUGGUGCACUUCUCCGUGUCCGAGUUGCCUAGUCGCGGCUACGGCGUCAUGGAGGAGAUCCGGCGGCAGGGCAAGCUGUGCGACGUAACCCUCAAGAUUGGGGACCACAAAUUCAGUGCUCACCGGAUCGUCCUAGCAGCCUCAAUCCCGUACUUCCACGCAAUGUUUACAAAUGACAUGAUGGAGUGCAAGCAGGAUGAGAUUGUAAUGCAAGGAAUGGACCCAAGUGCGUUGGAGGCGCUCAUCAACUUUGCCUACAAUGGCCACCUUGCCAUCGACCAGCAAAAUGUCCAGUCACUGCUGAUGGGCGCAAGCUUCCUGCAGCUGCAGAGUAUCAAAGAUGCGUGCUGCACGUUCCUUCGAGAAAGGCUUCAUCCAAAAAACUGCCUUGGUGUACGCCAGUUUGCUGAGACAAUGAUGUGUGCUGUGCUGUACGAUGCAGCCAACAGCUUUAUCCACCAGCACUUUGUGGAAGUGUCGAUGUCGGAGGAAUUCCUGGCCCUGCCCUUGGAGGACGUGCUUGAACUGGUGUCUCGGGAUGAGCUGAAUGUAAAGUCAGAGGAACAGGUCUUCGAAGCUGCUUUGGCCUGGGUCAGAUUUGACCGGGAACAGAGGGGGUCCUGCCUGCCAGAGCUGUUGUCCAAAAUCCGCUUACCGCUCUGCCGGCCCCAGUUCCUGUCAGACCGAGUGCAACAGGAUGACCUGGUGCGUUGCUGCCACAAAUGCAGGGACCUGGUAGAUGAAGCAAAGGACUAUCACUUCAUGCCUGAGCAGCGACGGCCCUACCUGCCAGCUUUCAGAAUUCGGCCUCGCUGCUGCACUUCCAUUGCUGGGCUUAUCUAUGCUGUGGGGGGCCUCAACUCAGCAGGUGAUUCCCUGAAUGUGGUGGAAGUGUUUGACCCCAUCGCCAACCGCUGGGACAAGUGUCAUCCCAUGACUACAGCCCGCAGCCGCGUUGGUGUGGCUGUGGUGAACGGGCUUCUUUAUGCCAUUGGAGGGUAUGAUGGCCAACUCCGCCUGAGCACUGUGGAGGUCUACAACCCAGAGACGGACACAUGGACCAGAGUGGGGAGCAUGAAUAGCAAGAGAAGUGCCAUGGGGACAGUCGUGCUGGAUGGGCAGAUCUAUGUCUGUGGGGGCUACGAUGGCAACUCUUCUCUCAACUCUGUGGAGACCUACUCACCGGAGACAGACAAGUGGACAAUGGUAACCCCCAUGAGCUCGAAUCGCAGUGCUGCUGGGGUUACAGUCUUUGAGGGCAGGAUCUAUGUGUCAGGUGGCCAUGAUGGUUUGCAGAUCUUCAACAGUGUAGAACACUACAACCACCACACAGCCACCUGGCACCCAGCAGCUGGCAUGCUCAACAAGCGUUGCCGGCAUGGAGCUGCCUCUCUGGGAAGCAAGAUGUUUGUGUGUGGGGGCUAUGAUGGCUCUGGGUUCCUCAGCAUCGCCGAGAUGUACAGCUCUGUGGCAGACCAGUGGUGCCUGAUAGUUCCCAUGCACACACGCCGCAGUCGCGUCUCCCUGGUGGCCAGCUGUGGGCGCCUCUACGCCGUGGGCGGGUAUGAUGGACAGUCCAACCUAAGCUCCGUGGAGAUGUAUGACCCAGAGUUGGACUGCUGGACAUUUAUGGCCCCCAUGGCUUGUCAUGAAGGAGGGGUCGGCGUGGGCUGCAUCCCUCUUCUUACCAUCUAAGGCAGAGCAAGGGAUGUAGUGGGGUUGGGAUUUGGUACAAACAGACACUUCUUCCAAGGACAGUCCCUCUCAAGGGAAGGCGGUGGACCAGAAGACGGGGUGCAAGGUGAGCUCGCUGGAGGUACAGUUUUCCAGGUGCUUAAGUCUUCCCUCACUGUGCUACUCCUGGUGACAUUCAGGCCCAGGUCAUCAAGAUGCACAGCAUGGGACAGAAGCCCCUCUGGGUCCUGCAGCUGGUGACACGGGACUGCUUGCUCUGUUGAUCCACACAUAUGCAGGCUCUAUCCAAGCCCAGCUCUAACUUGGGGAUUCAAUGAGGUCUUUUUCAUCUUGUCCGGGAGUAAAAGAAGAAAUAAAGAUACUUGAAAAAAAACUGAAGGAAAUUUAAACAAACACUUGAAAGAAACUGGAAAGAAAACUACUUUAAGUAGACUUUUUUUUGCAAGAAGAAUAUUAAAGACUAAAGGCAAAUACGUGUUUAAAUGGAAAACCACCAAAUAUGAUAAAGGGCACUAUCUGCUCCCACAUUCGGAUCCCAGGGUCCUGACGCCUCACCUAGCACAUGGGGUUCCCUCUGAGCCCCAGUGUGUUGGAAUCUGUGCACUCUUGACUGGUCCUACAAGUAGCAAGGUGCUCAUGGGGUUCGUCUUCAUACCCACUAUCAGAGGACUUUUUUAAUCAUAGGCUUGGCCCAUCGGCUAAAUUACUGCCACUCUUCUAGGUGAGAGCUCCCAUUUGGUGGCUGGAGGCUCAGAUGUCCCUGUGGUUACCUCCCGUUGCCACCAUGGCAUUCACUCAGAUUCCCCACCCCCACUCUUAUCCUUCCUUAUUUGACCAGCAGGUUAACAGCAGGUCUGGCCAGAUUCUCAGUUGCCCACCUGUCAUUCUUGGGUCGACUUCCUCAUUGUGACGCUCCUGGAGCUCGUUGACCAUUUGUACCUCUAGAUCUAACCAGGGACUUGUUCCUUCCACCAGCCAUGGGCUGCUUGACCCAAUAACCUCGUCUGUCCUACCAGUCCACUGCUCCUCCAGCCACUCACCAAUUCCGGGGGUCUGGCCCUCCCUAUGGCCCCUGGCAGACCAACCAGCAAGGUGGACUUUUACAUUCAAGUAAAGCUGGCUCUCUGGCAUAAAGAACUAAAGGCUAAAAUGAAUCUCUUGCUGCUGCAAAAUACAGUUUUUAUAUUUCUCCCUCUGAUCUUAGGAAAUGACCUCUUGAAGAGACUCUGGCUCCUUCCUCCUCCCUGGAUGGGACCUAAAUGUAGCACAACAGGAUCCCAACAGGAGGGUGCAUUCUACUACCCGUACACUGGGCAGUGGCGCUGUCCUCCAGCAGUGACUGCCAAAAUCUGCUUCUCUGAAAUUCUUCCAUUAUAGACUAAGAGAGCAUACAAUUCCUUUCACCCAGGACUCGGUCUUAGGAUCCAAGUCUCUCCAUUUGGCUGGUCUCCUGUCCAUCACUGCCUGGGUGGGGUGACCUGAAAGCUAUUCAGAAAGAUACAGUGUGGCACCUGGACAUUUUUUCCACCCCAGGACUGUGAGACUCCCUGGUGUGGGUAGUCGCCAUGUACUUGGAGGCAAGUACCUUUAUUACCUGCCACUAAGGACCUGAACCUCUGCUACAAGCACUUGAAAUUGAUAUUUUUAUUUUAAAAGACAGCCGUCUGAUAUAGUUUAGGCUGGGCUCGUGGUGGAGCACCAGCAUUUCUCACUCCUUGGUCUGCCUGUGGGGUAGACAUGGAGCUGGGGUCUACAUUUCCUGUUAGAGAGGAGUGUAUCCUAUUAUUAUGAGCCCCUUUUGUGUGUGAAUUUGCGGCAGCACUGAUGAACCUGGGUUAUGAAGGUAUUAAGAAUCAUUUGGGCUGGGUAGCCCUCCACUGGCCCUUUCGACGCUGGCCCAGAUUUUGCCAUUUGGGUGAAAGGUUGCCUCCUGUGACCUGUUGCUCUUGUAGCCUCCUCAAGUCUUCUCUCACCUACAGUAUAGAAAUUACACUGCUGUGCCAGAGGUCAGUGUGUUAAUCUGGGCUCUGAGCACAAAUGAGCAAAUGUCACCUUGCAUAGGCUUUGCACUUGAAUCCCUGAUCUGAUAGAGUUAACUUUGCCUGUGGCUAAUCUGGCCUUUGGCGUUGGAGCCUUUCCAGUAGCACCAUGAAGAAGAGAGACAUCAAGGGUAUUAGGAAAAGGCCAUAACAAGAAGGUAGCACGGAUGUGCUCAGUGUGUCCAGCCCAGCUCUGAAUACACGAAUGUGCCAUUUGCUAUCCUUGGCAUUUUCCUUCUUAGAAAAAACACAGAACCUUUUCUUCUUCUGCGUUGCAUCUGACAUCAAUGCCAGGACGGAAGCUGAAGACCAGCCUCUUACCUUGGCCACAGAGCUAAGCCCAAAUAGAAAUUCUGCCCUUCCCAAUUUAUUACUUCCCAGAAAAUCUGGUUUUAUUUAUAGAAUGCAUGUCUUUCAUGUUAAGAAACCAAAGAGAA